AUGAGUGUACCAUCGAACUCGAAGAGCAGCACUGGCGGUCAGCCAGGUGCUUCGGGUUCGGGGGCUCCAGUUUCGGUGCAGGAAUUUGUGAUUCGUGUGCCCAAGAAUCUGAAAAAGAAGUAUCAUGUGAUGCGGUUCAACGCUACGCUGAAUGUAGAUUUCACCCAGUGGCGGACGGUGAAGAUGGAGCGUGAAAACAAUCAGAAAGAGUUUAAGGGAAUCGAAGAAGUGAUGCCCAAGUUUGGUGCCGGGUCGGAGUUCAAUCGUGAUUUGCGUGAAGAGGCACGCCGCAAGCGAUUCGGUAUAAUCGCAAAGAAGUACAAACCCGAGGCCCAGCCCUGGAUUUUACGUGCCGGCGGUAAGAGUGGCAAAAUGUUUCGCGGCAUCCGGGAGGGUGGAGUUGGCGAGAAUGCAGCGUUUUACGUGUUUACCCAUGCGCCGGACGGAGCGAUUGAGGCGUAUCCGUUAAACGAAUGGUACAAUUUCCAGCCAAUAAAUCGUUAUAAGGCACUGUCGGCGGAAGAAGCCGAACAGGAGUACGGCCGGCGCAAGAAAACGAUGAACUACUUCUCCUUGAUGUUCCGCAAGCGUCUAAAGAAAGGGGAGGACAAUGAUGGCGAAGAACAAGAGGAAACGAAGAGCAAGAAAGGCGAGGGUGGCAAGAGCAAGGAUUUGAAGAUCAGUGACAUGGACGAGUGGAUCGAUUCAGACGAGAUGUCCUCUUCCGGUGACGACGAUGAUGAGGGAAAGCCGAAACAAAAGGAUAGCGACGAUGAUGCCAUGGACAAGAAGGCAAAGAACAAAAAGAAAGCGCUGGCAGACAGUAAAAAGAAGAAACGAGACGUUGAUGAGGAAGCGUUCGAAGAGUCAGAUGAUGGUGACGAGGAAGGGCGCGAGCUGGACUACAUAUCGGACUCGAGUGACAGUGAGUCUGAUCACGAUGCCAAGGUGGUGAAGGAGAUGAAAUCCGUGGCUGAAGAGGACGCGCUGCGGAAACUGUUGACCUCAGAUGAAGACUCGGAGGAAGAGGAAAAGAAAUCAGAGGAGGACGAAGAGAAAGAAGACGAGAAGAACGGCAAAUCGAAGGAGAAAGACAAGGAUGGCAAAGAAAAGGAAGGCAAGGAGGGCAAGAAGAAGAAAAAGGCCAAAAAGAACAAGAGCAAAAAAUCGGAAUCCGACAAAAAGGAUUCGUCCAGUGAUUUCAGCUCGGACAGUUCGGAUUCGGAUACCGCUAGCCCUAAGAAGAAAUUGAAGGACAAAAAGAGCAAAGACGGUAUUAGUUCCAAUUUGUCCAGUGCAAACAAUUCGCGCUCUGCAUCGCCGAGCCUAAGUCAGUUUGAUUCGAACAAACGCAAGAUGACCGGCUCUAAUAUGCCAACGACAGAUCUGACGGGUUCGGACAACAGCAACAGUCCUGUGUCCACGCCGGCCAAGAAAGUGAAGACGGACAUUACACCAUCGCUUCCGCCCACGUUUGCUGGAAUCGUUAACGCGACUAGCAAAGAUGAUUACGGUAUAACCGAAGAGGCAGUUCGACGGUACCUGAUGCGCAAGCCGAUGACUACAACGGAACUGCUAACCAAGUUUAAGAACAAGAAAACGGGAGUCUCCAGCGAGAAGUUGGUGGAAACAAUGACCCAAAUAUUGAAACGCAUCAACCCGGUCAAGCAGACGAUACAGGGCAAAAUGUAUCUUAGUAUAAAGGUACCGAAGUAA